AUGACCCAGUUCUGCUUACCCAGGCCCAAAACCCUUACAGAUCCAAUUCUAUUCCUUCCCAGGGGUUUGGGUGUUGGGGAGAGGUUGAGUAGGUCGGCGUAUCCAUGUAUGUCCCCCUGGACCAGCCAGGCCCAACUCUUGGACAGUGUCCUAGGACUGGGAGCACUAGGACUGACAAUUCGAGCAGUCUUUUCUACGGCUGGUUUAGCCCUGCUGCUACUGCUAGUUAACUUCCUUGUUUUUGACCUACUCCACAGGCCCACAGGCUCCACCCUGCCACAACACAGACUUCUCUCAAUGGGUCAUCAGGGGGCUGGUGAAGGUCCAGGACAGUAGGCAGCAACCCUCUUCCCAACAGGGACGGUCUAAGGAUUACUCAGCCUCCAGGAUGCACUGCUCCUGUUGCUCCUGGGUCUGGGGAUUCUCUUGGAAGUCUGUGGCAUCUUACCCCUGCUGGGCCUAGCUUUUUGCCUCUAUCCAUGGGCCUGAUCGCCCUUCUGAAAUACUAAAUGCCUUCCAAAAAUACAAUGACCAUUCUGCUUCCUCAGGCUUCUUCUCCAUCCUGAGCUGGACAGGUAUAAGGUUGAGGGGUAUGGGAGGAAUACCCCUUUAUUUUCAUUUUAAACCUCAGGGACAUCUGGUCUGAUAAUAUGGACAUUGGAUAACUGGGUCUGAGGCUUAGAGCAACAAGAGAAGGCAGGGAGAAGGAGCCCUGCAGUUGGAGGCAGUCAUUCUGAACCUUUUCUGUGGUUUAAGAGAAUGAACGACUUGCAAGUAGGAUGGAGUUGGCAUUAGCCAGCAAGAGGGGACAGGGAUGGGGAAGGUUUCCUACAAGAAAGCAUGAGAGUGGUAUCUAUAGGGCUUGCUAGGCUCCCCUGCCAGCCUGGAGGGUCCACAGAAAGAGAUUCAAGUGAGCCUCACACUCUACAGAGUAGGUCCUCUCUUAGCUGGACCCCACCCCAGCCCGGGUCAUAAUGGGACUCCCCUGGGGAUGGUGGGGUGGGUGAGAGUGAAGGCCUGGAUCUGGUUGCCAGGCCAGUCUGAACAUAGAUAGAAGCAUCAUGACUUAGGUGGCUCUGCCCAAAGGUAAGUCCCAGGCCCCAGUUCA